CGUCGGUUUGCGUUAGCAUCUGGUGACGAUUGUGUCUCGCAAGGCUUUUGCGUAUCCUGAUGAAAACGUCAGUGGUAUAUUUCCCGGAGUAUACGGAGUAUACGAGCAACUGGCAGUCUCAUUCAAUGAUGAAUCUAGGUAUUGAACUCGGAUCGCAUAGAUGGGGAAGACGCAACCCCAUAGUUCGGACGGCGAUCCGCAAGGCGUUCGGCUAGAAUCAGCCUCGACACUUGGCCGUCGUAGAUUCGUAAGCCUGGCAACACGAGGCGGGGUGAUAGUCGAGGCCCAUGCCCGGAGAAGAAGUGAAGAAGACAAGACUGUUAACGGCUCAUUUGCAACAGGGAACCGUGUGAGGUGCUAAAUAUUACUUAUUUCCGGAAGGGGAAAGAAAACAACACAUGUAGGGACCAACUAACGAUUUCUUUUCCAAGCUAACAAGGAACUCUGGAAGCCACGCACACGACGGGGUCGUAUUAGACAAGAUACAAGGGCUGUGAAAUCGAACUAGGGGAGGGAAUAUACGCCAAAUUUGACAAAGAUGGGACCAUCACCGCUCGAUCCAUUCUCCUACUACGACGAUUGGUUCUUCACGACGUUCCAAUCGACCCCGUCCUGCCCCGGGUUCGGCUUGGCCUACUGUCCAGCGCCGGAAAAGGCGUGCGCGAGGGACCCCACGACGGGCCGGCGGUACUGCUGCGAUGGGUCCAAGAAGGACACCAGCGUGUGCUGGACGCUCGCGACGGACUGCAAGCAGGACGGCAGCACGAGCAGAUGCGGCGGCGGCGGUAGCAGCUCGUGGUGCUGCCUCGCGGGCACGGAAAAGUGCACAGAGACCAAGAACCAAGUCAACAUCUGCUGGAGCACAGGCUGGGACCCGCUCAACAACGUCACGCAGGAGGACAUGGCAAAGGUCUACAGCAGCCUGAGCUCGGCGCAGCCGUCGGCCACGUCGCUACCCUUCGACGUCGCCUCCAUCAUCAGGGCGACGGCGACGGCGACGGUCACCGCGGGCAGGGCCCUCGACGACCCGGCGCUCGCCACCACCACCGGCCCGAGCGGCCCCCUCAGGCCCACGGGCCCGCCCGACGGAUUCGGGUUUCGAAACGGCGUGACCAACCAAAACGAGCUCAGCGGGGGCGCGAUCGCGGGCAUAGUCGUCGGGGUGCUCGCAGGCGUGGCCCUGAUCGUGGCCGGCGCGUUGUGGUUCGUCAGGCGGGAGCGGCAGAAGCAGCAGGAGGAGCACGUGUGCUCGCCCGAGACGGCGGGGGUUACGGCGGCGGCGGCGGUGGUGCCGGCCAAGGACGAGACCAAUAUCGAUGCGGGGAAUUCGAGCGGCUCGGACCUCGGGCCGGCCGAGAUGGAGUCGGCGCAGAUGCACCACGUCGUUCCGGACCGGGGGACGAGCGGCCAAGGCGACGGGCCUGUUCAGCGCGGGUCCGUCGGGCAGGACGACAUGCUUUUUCAACGAGGGGCGGUGGCGGCGCAUGAGCUGCCGCCCGAGAACCAGCAGCCUGUCGAGCUGCCUGGGGAUUGUGUGCCCAGGGUGAUGCACGAGAUGCCGACUGCGGACGAGGUCAAGAAGUCGGACUCGUGACUGGAGUGACGUUCGGGGGUGGGAUUGCCCGAUUUGGGGGAGUCAUUUUGCGUGGUGUGUUACUUGUUGUUUUAAUUGACCUACCUUAGGUACCCUAAUCUUUGCCGCAGGCUUUUUGAUACGUGUGAUGGGCUGCAUAAGAUGGACUGGAUUAAUUUCAGAGCAGAGAGUACUAAUGCAAGGUUGAAAGGAUUACGAAAGGGGAAGGCAAGCCCUUGAAAAUGCAGCGUCUACUCAGACACGAGCUGCAGGAUGAGUUGCUAGGUACCCUGCAUGAGGCGAUCGUUGGUUCCCCCCCCACUUCCCUAAAAGUGCGUGCGGCUCCCAAAACAGCAAGACGUCAACCGCCAUUUCCGUUUUCACCUUGGGCCCAGACCCAGACCUAGGUAGUUCUAGCGGGUUCUCAACCUCAUUGCAGCAGGAAACCACAAAAAAAUCUUACUUUGCUUUCGCAAACUUGUUCCACAAUGGCUCCUCCAUCAGUCGGUCCAAACAGCUCUCCUCGACACCAACCAAGACCUCCCAUCCACCAUCCGGCAGAAUCGGGAAAACAACCUGCAGUCCGUUGAUGACGCCCACGUGUGGCGACCUCACAGCUUCGACCCUGCCCAGCCUGGGUCCCCACUCCAGCCCGUACAGCUCAAAGCCGACCCAGCUCGUUUGGAUGCAGUGGAAGCCGGGGACGUCGAGGAACGCAGUGGGCACCAGUCGGUUGACGUCCUCGAGCUUGGCCGCCAGCGUCAUGACGUCGUCGGUGUGUUCCUUGGUCGCCCGCGCCACGGCCUUCCUGAUGAGCACGGCCAGAUCCGCCACGCUCGUCUUGGCCGAGUCCAGCAUGUCCCGCACGCUGGCAGACGCGGCCACGUACUCGAGGAAGCAGCCCAGCGUGGCCGGGUGCACCGCCGGGUUCGUCCUCUGGCGCCCGUCGAUGGCGACGUUGAACACGGAGACGGGGUCGCCCUCGAGCUGGUCGAGCAUGUGUCCGUGCUGCACCGACAUGACGGUCCGCCAGAGUAGGGCCGACAAGGCGUCGUUGGUCGACACCCAGUCCUGGCCGCCAAUGUCCUGGAGCGCCUUGGUCUUGGGGUCGGCUUCGGUCUUGAGCUCCUUGAGCGCCUCGGGGGAGAAGUAAAAGACCUUGCCGC